CUGGGAGCUAAACUAACGGAAUGGUUUUUACCCUGAUUCGGAUCUGAGCCCCAGCACUCCCGUGUCCUCCUGUGUAGUGGCUUUGGUUCGAAGUCAUCAUUGCUUCAUUUUGUUCUGUCUUUGCUAUCUGUUGCUGCCUGAAACCCCAUUCAAGACCGAACACUGAGCCGGAUGAACAUCGAAGCAGAUCCUCUCACUGGUAAGCUGUAGACUGACGCUGACCAGCUCAGAGUUCUCUCUAACACAUGCCGCACAUGCAGUCAGUUAUCGCUCUCUGCCUGUCAGUCUGCGUUCAACAACACCAAAACCCCAGCCAGUCACGGUACUGAGCCCAGUUCUCCCAUUCUGGACUGAGCCACAGCGCCGUUCCCUGUUUGUAGAGGUUGUAAAGCAAUGCUGUAGAGAUUUGCGAUCUCCACCUGGGCUUUCUUUCCUCUCAUGUGGCAACAUGAGCCAGUGUAACGGGACGGCGAUCAGCUUUCUGUCUCGGAUUUUACCCGCUGUGAACAAGACGGCGAAUUUGCUACAAAAAGCUGUGGAGACGACCACGUCGGCGGUGAGUUGGCUGGGUCCAGAAGAAGGCGAUUAUAAUCCCGCAGGGAAUGUCACCAACUCCACCGGGGACAUGGAGCACCUCUUCCGGUAUUCAUUCUCCGACAAUGGAUUGCUGUACAAGGAAUAUAAAGCCCCGGCUCGGGACGCCAUCCCGUUGCCAAAGGCUGUGCUUUACCUGUUGAUGGCAGCCUUAGUGGUGGUGGCUGUGGUUUACGCUAUUGUUGGGCAUCUCAUUAAGGACCUUGUGCACGACUUUGUGGAUUGGUUAUUUGGACCAACUCCAGAUGACAGCAGCAAUAAAAGCGAUUUGAAAUGCAUUUCCAGUAGCUUGAAUGACGUAAAUAGCCAGCACCAUGGAGGAGGUGAAAAAACAGAUGAACUGGUGAUUUUCAUAGAAGAUCAUUUAUAUUUACCUCAGGACACAUGAAAGUGACUGAACUAUCAAUGUGAGAACACAAUGACAUAGGAAUACAGGUUAUUCUUCUUUAGUUAUUGAAAUCAUAAUGAUAAACUGAAUCCAGCAUUUUCUAUCCCCCAACUCUCAAAUACAGAAUAAACUUGGACAUGAUAAUGACAAGGGAAAUGUUCAUGUUUGCUCAGCUGUCAUCAGAACAUUAAUUGUGAGUAACGACACCCAUAGCUUUGGACUUGGUAAUUGAUGAUUUUUUUAUAUUCAAAUAUUUUCUUGACAUUGCUUUUGUAUAUCACGUGGAUGUGGAAAAAGGAGCAAUGUCAUUUACCGGCACAAUCAACAAGGGGCCUACUCCUGGAGGAGUUUUCAUCUCAGGGACUAGUGUCCCUUUAAAAUUUCAACACAAAUAUGAACUGUGUACCAACUACUGAUUGUUGUUUAAAAUUAUUUCAAUUAGAAUAAUGUUGGUGAUUCACAGGGAUAUGAAAUGCACUGUCAUUUUUCAAUCGAACCAUUCCAUUGAAUUUUUUAAUUGAAAAGUUUCAGCUGAAUUAUUUAUGAGAUAAGAAUGCCUAGAAAUUAACAUUGAUAUAACUUUUUUCUCAGAAUUUGUCAAAGUAAAUUGUAGUGUAUUGGAUCUAUUGUUUAUGUGGUUGUUAUAAUGUCUGUCUUCAAAUUCUAAAAUGAGCAAUUGAUAGAAAAAAAUUCCUCCCCAUUCACUGUGUUACUUAUUUCUCAACAUAUCCUAUGGUAGUGAGAGACAUUUUCACAAAAUAAUGCAGCCACUCGGCUGUGAACAGAUAGGUUGCCGGCAGAAUGUUACUGCAAUUUGAAUUUGGAUCAAAUUUCUAGUAGAUUUUAUUGUAAGAUUCCAAUAUUAACUAACAACAACUGUCUGUACACUUUGGCUAGUCUUUUAGUAAAAAGCUUUCUGUAACUGAAUAUUUUGACAGUGAAUAUGAAGAGUUUCCCUUGUGCUUGAUAAGUGUUUGCAAUGUUUAACAUACCUUUUGCCCCAAUUCUAUGUUGAACAAGUCAAGAAAAGUUGCGUCAGUGCCUGAAAGUGUUGACCAUAAAACUUCUUAUCACUUAAAUAUAUUUUACUUCUGAGCUAAUUCAAAGAUUUUGUGCUUUUACAUCUCAUUUGUAGUUUGGUGUAAGUUUAAAUUGUUACAAUAGAUCUAUUAAUGGCAUAAUUGUAAACUAGAAAACCAUGAAAAGAAAUUAAAAUAUAUUUUGUGUUUAUAUGUACUUUUGGAG